CGCAUGCGCGGGGAGGCGGCGGGCACAAGGCAGCGCGCAGGGUGGCGCGGCUCUGGAAGCGCUUCGGUGUACGCGAGGCCCAAGGGCCUGGCGACCUCCUGUGCCAAGUGUAUGGAGGCCGGUGCCACCAUGGACCCCACUCUGCUGCCUCCACCUGGACCCUGUAGCCCUGAGCACCCCGAGAAGGGCCAGAGCAGCCCGUCGUUCUUGCGGCGGCAUGGUCUUCUGUCUGGAGAACAACGAGCCGCGCCGCCCUCUGCGAAGCACCAUGGUCCAUUUUCAGGCCUCGGAAGUCCAGCAGCUGCUACACAACAAGUUCGUGGUCAUCUUGGGGGACUCAAUCCAGCGGGCUGUGUAUAAGGACCUAGUGCUCCUGCUCCAGAAAGACUCACUGCUCACAGCUGCCCAGCUGAAAGCCAAGGGGGAGCUGAGCUUUGAACAGGACCAGCUGGUGGCUGGAGGUCAGCUGGGCGAACUGCACAAUGGGACGCAGUACCGGGAGGUCCGCCAGUUCUGCUCGGGUUCUGGUCACCACCUUGUGCGCUUCUACUUCCUCACCCGUGUUUACUCCGAGUACCUCGAGGGAGUCCUGGAGGAGCUGACCUGUGGGCCUGCCCCAGACCUAGUGAUCAUCAAUUCCUGCCUCUGGGAUCUCUCCAGGUACGGCCGCUGCUCAAUGGAGGCCUACCGAGAGAACCUGGAGCGGGUGUUCGUGCGCAUGGACCAGGUGUUGCCAGACUCCUGCUUGCUGGUGUGGAACAUGGCAAUGCCCCUAGGGGAGCGUGUCACUGGGGGUUUCCUUCUGCCCGAGCUCCAGCCCCUGGCGGGCUCUCUGCGGCGAGAUGUGGUUGAAGGGAAUUUCUACAGCGCCACACUGGCUGGGGAUCACUGCUUCGAUGUCCUGGACCUCCACUUUCAUUUCCGACAUGCAGUGCGGCACCGUCACCGGGAUGGCAUCCACUGGGACCAGCAUGCCCACCGCCACCUCUCCCACUUGCUUCUGACCCAUGUGGCAGAUGCCUGGGGUGUGGAGCUGCCCAAGCGUGACUAUCCGCCUGACCCAUGGAUUGAGGACUGGCCAGAGCCGGAUCAUCUCUUCCGGGGGAGCCAGGGGCAGCCCCCAGACUUCGGGGAGCAGCUGGCCUUGCCCCCGCCCUCUUCCUUGCCCCCUCCCAUGCCUUUUCCCUCCCCUCUUCCUCAGCCCUCCCCACUUCCUCUGUUUCCACCCCUGCCCCAGGAGCCCCCUUUUUUCCCAGGCCAGCCCUUCCCACCCCAUGAAUUCUUCAAUUAUAAUCCAACAGAAGACUUCUCGAUGCCACCCUAUUUAGGAUGUGGCCCUGGAGUGAACUUUGUGCCUGCCCCCCUGCCUCCACCGGUCCCCAGCUCUGUCCCCCAUGGUCAGCACCGGGGCCCUGUGGUCCACCGGGGGAUGCCACGUUGUGUUCACAACAGCCCCUAUCAUGUGCCGAGGAUGGGGGUGCCCUGCCGACAGCGGCUCAGACACUCAGACAGGCUGAUCCACACAUACAAACUGGACAGACGGCCUCCUGCCCAUUCGGGGACAUGGCCUGGGUAGACUGGCCCUUGUGCGAGAGCUGGAUGUGCCCGUGGCCCUGCAGGGCUUGCUUGCCACCCCAGGUGCUGGGCCAAGGUGUCUGCUGUGCCUGCCAUUGUUGUUGUCCAUCACUGUCACCAAUAAAGGCAUGGAAGAACA